CCAAACACUGUGCACGGCUGUUAGCUAGAGAAGCAUAGUAAAGAAAGAGGCGCAGGCCUAGCGUUAGUGAAAUUAUUUUGUCAUAGUUUCAUUUUGAAAGUGGUGUCGGGACGUAGUUGUUUCUUGUUCCGUCGUUUUUGCAUCUGUUGUAACUGAAGUUACCCGGGGUUGUCUCAUGAUUUUACUGCAAACUGACAAGAAGUAGAGUGAAGAGGUUGGUUUAAUGUGCGUGACGUCAAGACAAGAGGCACCAUGAGUGCGGAGAUGGAUGCACUGACUGUUGUGAACCAGCUGCGAGAUCUUGCUGCAGACCCCCUAAACCGAAGAGCCAUUGUAGAAGACCAAGGCUGUCUACCAGGCCUCAUCCUUUUUUUAGACCACCCCAACCCACAGAUCGUCUACUCUGCACUAUUGGCCGUGCGCUACCUGGCAGAAUGUCGAGCCAACAGGGAGAAGAUGAAGGGCGAGCUGGGCAUGAUGCUGAGUUUGCAGAAUGUCAUGCAGAAGAGUACAUCGCCUGGGGAGACCAAACUGCUGGCCUCUGAGAUCUAUGAGAUAUUGCAGUCAGCUGGUAAAGAAGAGGCCGAACAGGCCGAGGCAGCAGCCGCCUCCUGCCAGCGCAAAGCCCACUUCUUCCUGGGAUCCAACAACAAGAGGGCCAAAACGGUUGUGCUGCACAUUGAUGGACUGGAUGACCCUACUCGAAGGAGCCUUUGUGAGGAGGCGUUGCUGAAGAUUCGAGGGGUCAUCAGCUUCACCUUCCAGAUGGCCGUCAAGAGAUGUGUUGUCAGGAUCCGUUCUGACCUCAAAGCCGAGGCAUUGGGCACAGCAAUCAACUCCACCAAAGUAAUGACUGCUCAGCAGGUGGUCAAGACCGAGGAUGGAGGAGAGCGGAUGGUGCCAUUCCAGGAGGACUCGGAAGUGCUGGUAGAGGAGAACACAGACAUCCCAGACUACCUGCCUGAGGAGGAGAGUCCAUCCCAGGAACAGGACAAGGCUGUCACACGCGUGGGCUCCAUCACAGACGGCAUGGGCUGGCUCAGCACGGCUGCCAACUUCCUGACGCGCUCCUUUUACUGGUGACCACUUCCUGUGCUUCUCUCUGUGCUCCCUGUUUUUUCUAAAGUACCAUCCAGCUGCAGCCUUAGCAUCUCUCAGCCUUGUCCCGGAUGAAGCCCUGCCACACGGCCCCACACUAGUCUAGACUCCCCCCUCUGCAAAGCGCACAGAGCCUGGCCACGUGUGUGCAACAAGUACUGGACUGCCGAGUGGAACCUGCAAUAACUUUACCUUGUGUAUAUAUGGAGCUACAAAUCCCACUACUGGCUGUGUGUGCAUAACUAUAUACUAACUGCAUAUGUAUCUCACGAGACCUAGCCAGAGGACUUUUAAAUCAGCCGAAACCAAAUAACAUUCUGGUAUUGCUUCAUUGGCAGCGUUGACAUAUGGCAGGCAUAUUUAAUUGUUCUGAGGCUGAUUUCUGAAUACCUUGAAAAUUGGGAGUUCCUUUUUUUUGUGCAUGAUUUUUGGUCAUUGUCCUUUUUACUAUAUAUAUUUUUCAUUCUUAAAUUCCCUAAUUAAGCCGAUUAUGUCUUUUCCCUCGUUCAGUUUUAUUAGCAUGCUAUGAGUCUGUUGUGCCAAUCUUGCCUGAUGCCUAGAUCUGUGAUUUUUGUGUGUGCCUUUUUUGACAUUUAUUUUUUUAAUUAUUGUUUCAUCAUUCAUUUGAAUGAUUUGAGAGCUCCGAGCAUGUCAGAUGUAACAUUUGUGCUUCUCAGGCGGACCUUAGCAGCAGCACAGCAGCAGCCUGGCUUCUGCCAGCUUUUAGCUCAAUGGGACGUCACUUCAGUAGAAAUAGUAAACUUAGACACCAGCAAGAGCCCUCAGCCAAUUCAGCCACUGGCUCACAUACAUUAGACUGUUUGUUACUCAAAGAACAACUGUUUAGCUAGUUAUAUAAUUAAUAUAACACCCUUCACUGAGUUUGGUUGUGUCUGUUAAAAAUCAGGACUCGUUGGAUGAUGCUAUAAUGUAGGAAAAAUCCAAUGUCAGCUCUGCAGUGGUGGAGAAUUAACUGACCGCUCCUUGUAUUAUUUGCACAGACUUUAGGCUACCUCUGCUUUCAGCUCUCACAUUAACAUUAUGUUCUUCCUGUAGUUUUAGUAAAACCCUAGAUCUGCAUGUGAAAGACAAACCUAUUAGCUGCCUGCUUGUCAAAUACUUACCUGUUAUCUGACUCCCACCGACAUUGUUACAGUAUUGUAGCCCACCUGUACAGUUCAAUUUUCAGUUUAGCCAGCAGUGUCCUUAAAGCAAAGAUCAUGUUGGUACACGCUCUCACAUGAAUACAGAGGACUCCCUAAUGCUGUCACAUGAGCAGCAGUGAUAUACUGGAACAAGGGUGUGGUUAUGUACAUUUUGUAAAUGAUGCCUGAUUCCCUAAAAUCUCAGACCUUACAUGUGAAGGAAAAUUUUGUUCUGUUUUUUUUUAAUACUGAUUUGCAUUUUUAAUGUCGGAAAAUGGGAUAAGAAGUUGUAGCAGCUAAGGCUAACGCUCUUAGCGAGUUUUCUCCUUUUCUUUAGCCGUUACAAGCCCAAUGACUCACACCAGGUUUAAUUAUUCUCUCCUCUGACUUGUGUAAGUGUCAUUAACAAUUAUUAUAUACACUGCUGACCAGGCGACUUUUAUUGUUCUGAUGGUGCGGAGACGUCACAGUUGGUUGAGGUCAAAUAGAUAAAGGACUGGCAUAGAAUGACCCGAAUAAUUUGAAUUGAUGGUGGCUAUUUUCUGGAAGAGCAAUAAUAUUUUUUGCAUUAAAUGUAGAGAUUAUAAAUCAACAUAAUUUUUCUAAUCAAAGGCAUGUUAAACGUUAGGAGCAUCAUCAGUAUUAAAGUUUCUACUUUGUCUGUUUUGCACAGAAUUAAUCUCUUAAAUUCAUGUAAUUUCAUUUUUAAUUUAAAUUUGGUGUCUUAGCUCAUACUGCAGAGAAAUACUUGAACAUUGUUUCUUAGAGCUGUCCUUAUGUGUUGAUCAAAGUGUAAAUUUCCCUUAAAUGUUAGUUGAACCACAUCUGUAAUGUUAACAAAAAAAACCCAAACUCAAAACUGUAACUUCCUGUAUACAGACUUCAUGUGUCAGUUAUCAGAUGUAAUAUAUUGUAAUGCAGAUCUUCAAACUGUAGAUUCACAUACACUGUUAAUGGAAAUGAUAAACUUAAAAUCAAAAUUUG